AUGUCAAUGAAGAAUGGGUCGCCGCGCCGCGAAUUCGGCUCUUCAAGAGCGAAUAUUCACAAGAACCCCGAAAUCCACAGGCUCAUCGACUUGACUAUGGAUUCUACCAGCGAGGGUGGUUACUCCGAGUCCGACGAACCUGUCUUCCCCAUGAAAGACUUUCUGGGCCCCCAAAGACAGCGUCGCGUGAUCAUGCCGCCAGGAAACGAGGUCAAUGGCGCGAAAGGGCACCAGGCUAUUGUCAUCGACUCAUCGCCGCCUCAUGCCUCUCAUGUCAACGGUUCAGCGACGGAACGCAGCGAGAGCCGCCUCGAGUCAGAGCCUUACGAAAGUCGGAGUACUCCCAGAUUCGAAGGACGCCAUGGGUCCAACGAUCGUUGGCAACUGCACCCUCCAAACACAUGCAGUCACUCUUUCACAGAAAUCCGUCAAGCCUCUGACAAGGGACAUGGCCGCGCCGACGUGAGAGAUAUGCUCCUUGUCGACAAGCAAGGCCUUGUGUCAUCUCACCUGAACAUUAACCACGAGAGGCACAGCAGCGCGUCCCCUCACAUGAGCACUCUGGUGCAGCAGCAUGUCCACACAGUCUCAUUUCCAUCUCCUGGACGAAGCAACGCUAGCUUGUCAACAUCCCAUCCCCAAUCAACGAAUCCCACGUCAGCCUCUCAGGCACACAUGGCACCUACCUUUUCACGUCAUUCUUCUCACCAUAUGCCUGCAAGCUCACACCGGGAAGGCUCAUCGGUCGGCGAGAAACAAACGCCAGGAUCAUUCGAAAUGACCACCCCCUCACUCGACCGUCAGUUCCACAAUGGAGGAGGUGCUUCCCUACAGCAUACGCCAAAUGAGGUUGGGUGGACAACUGGCAAGAUCGCACGAGCUCUUGAGGAGCGAACCCAGGAUUUAGAAAGAUUCAACCAAGAUCUCGUUGCAUUUACUAUCAAAUCGGUCAAGCCGACGGAGAAACGCGUCCUGAAAGGCACUGACUGGUUCAGCUGCGUCAAGCACGACCCCGUUCCAGUCGAGGUUGGUAACAACGACAUGAUUAAGAUCAAGGUUAAGCAUCACGGACGCUCUAAGAAGGAGCAACGCACUUUCCAUUUCAUGCCCAUUUGCAUCAAGACAGAGAGACUACGUGUCCCGAAGUAUCGUUUUCAUCACAAAGAAAUCGCGAGAAACGUCCUGACACCAAACACUAUGCUCAAGUUCGUCCCCCACAUCCGCGACUUGGAAGCCAAUGAGGAACGUAACUACAACCUCUGGCUUAAGGAGCUGGAGCGUAUGGAUGCCAGCUGCGGUUUCCAGCCCAUGGGAACCCGGGAGCAGAGGGUCAUCCGUACAGCAAAGAAGGAGCGGACGGCCAUGUUAGCGCUUUACCUUGACUACUGGUUGGGAAAGCUGGCCAUACCCGACUGUACGAGAACGACUCUGAUCCGGCACAUGGCCAGUAACCAAUCCGACAUGGCUAUCACACCGCUGCAGAAAUCAAGCUUGUACAGCCUCCACCGGGGCAACGGACCAGCAGACACGCCACAAGCCGCCCUGUCAGCCAAGAUGUUCACCGAGGCAUUUGAUCAUGUUUUCCAUGAUGGCGUCUCACCUGAAAGGGCCGUCAGCCUUCGGGAUAUACUCUUGUUGGACAAAAGCGUCGAUGACAUCGUGGAAUCAAAGAAGACUGCGAAAACCGCUACGCAGGAUGAUGCCAAAUCACCAGAAGCCUUUCUAGAGACAUACGCGAUCAUGGGAUGUUUAAUCUGCUACAGCAAUUCGUGCGAGCAUGGCGACUAUGGCGAGAACAACGAGAAAAGGAACUUCUCGCUCGACUGUAACGGCCAGUUGGAACAGCUCCUGACGAAGAGUCGAGACGCCCACGAAAAGCACGACGCGGAUCAGACCGUUAUCGAGCCAUGUAGCCGCGAAUGUUUCAUCCUCCACGGAGACGGAAGCAGCUUGGGCCAAGCAAUGGGUGCACGAGAAGCGCGACCCUGGUCGGCGUCCAACGAAGCGCUGCUAAAGUCUUUGUUCUCAUCGAUCGAAUGCAGUGGUAGAGUACGGUCUAAACCACAAUGUAUGGCUGCCGAGAUUCUCAAUCGCGCCUGUUGGGAUGUCCACCGACAGUUGAAAAAGCUCGAUAUCCAGCUCCCCGAAGAUACGAGCCCUGAACUGCCACGGGUAAAGAAUCUUACCUGGUAUGACCGACACAAGAAGAUCCUCCUAGGGGACUGGCAGGAACAUACCGAUACCCACGAUCACAGGCUACGGUACGUCAACGACCCCUGUCAUCAUGACGGUCCCUGUACUGCGGCCAACGGCUGCAAGUGCGUGAUUUUCAAUGUGUUAUGUGAGCGCUUCUGCCGAUGUACCGCAGAAUGUUGCGCGUACAAAUUUACCGGGUGUUCCUGUGCGGGGAGUGGGAAGACAUGCCAGCAGAGGAACUGCAUCUGCGUCCAACUCAAUCGUGAGUGCGAUCCUCAGCUUUGUGGGACGUGUGGUGUGAUCGAACGCGCGCAUCCGGACAAUCGCGACAACGAGAUUAUCAUGGAGACUGGCUGUCAGAAUUGCGCGCUACAGCGUGGCCAUUGCAAAGCAGUCACGCCUGGCAAAAGCCAACUCGAUGGCUGCGGGUAUGGCCUAUUCACGCUGGAGGACAUUGCACAACAUGAAUUCGUCAUCGAGUAUACUGGCGAGCUCAUCAUGCACGACGAGGGCGUUCGAAGAGAAGCACGGCGUGGUGAAGUCUUUGAUGAAGGCUCAUUUACUUCUUACGUCUUCAGUCUGUUGGACUCGGAAGGCAUCUGGGUCGAUGCUGCUAUAUAUGGCAAUCACAGCCGCUACAUCAAUCAUGAACAGGAUACCUACAAUGUCGAACCGAAGAUCCUGUACGUCAACGGCGAAUAUCGCAUUCGCUUUUCGGCGACGAGGAACAUCCAGGCUGGCGAGGAGCUGUUUUUCAACUACGGCAACAAUUUCCCAAACCUGACUAAGAAGAUGAUCAAAGACAAGACGGCCGAAGAGGACGGUCCAGUGACCUCUGAAAGCUUGAGCGUGGAGCCAUUGCCAGCUAAGAAAACCCGCGUCCAAGGAGGUUCAACGCGAGGCCGGGGCCGGGGUGGUACCCGAGGCAGAGGGCGAGGGCGUGGGGUCGGUCGCGGGCGCGGUGGAGGACGAGGACAGGCUACCAAGUCGGAGCCGAAGCCUGUCAAGAGGGGACGGCUUAGCGCACGCAAGGAAGCACCCCAGAUGCCGGAAGAGGUCGUGCAAGCUGCCAGUGAUCUGGCAAAACCUACUGAAGGUCGCAAACGCAAGCGAGACCUCAUUGAAGAUUCUGAAGAAGAAGAAGAAGAAGAAGAAGAAGAAGAAGAUUACGAGCCAACGACAGUGGAGGAGGAAACCGAUAACAAAACAGACACGCAAGUGACGCAAGUGGCACAAAGCUGA